AUGAACCAUGUAUGGCUGGGAACGCUAAUCAUCCUUCUCCACCUCUUUUUGAGGUGCACGUGUUACCAAAUGAUAUAUGUCGCUUUCCUUGACGAGAAAAAUGACUCCAGCGAUCUGAAUAACCUGUCGUGUUCCUGGCGAUACUACUGCCAAGAGGAAUUUCACUUUUGCGAAUACGGCUGUAGUUCGAAGAAAAAUCUGAAGGCAGGAUACAACCUCCUUAACACCACCAAUAUGAGAGAAAACUGUUUCAUCAAUGUCGAGUGCGAGAAUCAGCAGAUUUACUUCGACUCCGAGGAUCCAGUGCACUUCCUCUUUUUCGCCAAGCCGUUCUUUCGCAUCAACCGGGAUUUCACCCUGUAUGUUCACCUGGCCCAGAGGAACAACGGAGCAGGCGAACGUGCGCAUCAUGGAAAUGAACGAACGGAGUCUACCAUCUGGCGAGGACUGCGCCUCAUAUGGGAAAAAACAAAUCAGUGGAGACGAUCCAUAUCGAAGAAUCAUAAAAGGAUUUUAAUCAAGUUAUUAAUAUGUCUAAUUUUAAUCCAUAUGAUUUUUUGUUAUCUCUACAUAUAUACGUACUUCUAUUUGGACAAGCACGAGGAGGGGUAG